AUGGAACGUCAGACACUGUUUGUGACGCCACAUGAAAAGAUACAUGUGACCGCCGCAGCGGUGUUUCCUGUGGAGCGAAGCAGCGGAGAGCCGGUGGCGCGGGACAUGCACCUUUCCCCCGGUGAGGAGCUGCGGAGCCUCCUUUACGCCGGCUGCUCCGACGGCACCUUGCAUGUCUACCGCUUUAUCACCUGCCUUGACCAGGAGGAGGUGCGAUACGACGUGAGAACAGCCCUUUUGCACAAAAAGUCCCUUUCAACACCCCACGGCAAGAAUGCCGUGGAAGACAAGGGAAACAAUCGCGUCUCCCACGGUAUCACGUUUCUUAGCGUAAAUAGCAGGCUCUCCGUGCCGCAGCUGCUGGUCCUGGCGGAUGGAUCUCUUGACGCCCUUCAUUGCGGGGGGCUGGACAGCACAGGGCUGUUUCGGCAGCUUCCUCUUCCUUCUGGAGCCGCAAGUGUGUGUUGCGUGGCCCGAGGUCAGGACCACGCACUGCAUCCUGCCCAGCGCCUCGCCCUGCUUAUCGGGAAGUGGAUCGCCCUCGUAGAGUACGGGGAUCGAAAGUCGUGGAUUUUUCAAAACGGAACGGAAGCACAAGGAGCAGCUGCCACGGAGCCUCUGCAUAUCCUGGCGCCGGAAGACACACAAACCAUGGCCUGGCAAUGCGACUUUAUCCUCACGGGCAGCUUGAAAGAGUACUGUGUGUUUGACGUGAAUACUCGGCACCUGCGGCAGCGAAUGGAAGUGGUGGAGAACGUCUCGCAGGGUCCUCUCUGCCGGUACGUGCAUGGGAUCGGAGACAGCUCCGCCGUCGUAAUUCGUAUCGGUGAUGGCCGACUUGCCUUGUUUGAUGCCGCGGCGGAGACGGACCUUGAAACGGCGACGCCGGUUCAGCUGUCAGAGGCCGUCGUCGAUGUGGCAUGGGUACCGCCCUUUUUUGUUGGCGUCAGGGCGGAUGGAGGGGUUUUGAUGCGGUCGUGGUUAGACGCCGAGGAGGAGUUUCCCCGCUUCACUGCUUCCGCCUCCGCCUCGUCGAUCUUAGGGUUUGACGGGGCCCCGCAGCAGUUCCACUCCACACCUCUGGGCAUCUACGGGGUUUGUGGCCGCAGCGUGCAGCUUCUGCUACUGGCACCGAGGAGGACUAUCGCGGCGCUCUACAUCAAUGCCGGCCUGUACGAGCGUGCUUUGCGCUACGUCGAUCACGUGCACAGUGAAGAGAAGGACAUCCACCUACGACGCGUCUAUAAGGUAUGUGCGCACCAUGCAUUGGUGGGGAAGCGGUACACCGAGGCAUUUCACUAUUUUGAAUUGGCGUCAACGCCCACACUGGAGUUGUUGGAACUGGUACCGGAGCUGAGACGCCCGCCGAGAGCUGCCGAUGCGUUAAACGCCAAGACCUCGCUGACGUGGGGUAGUGGUGAGGCCUACCAUGAGAUGUACGAACUGCUUUUGCGCCGUCGCUCAGUUGGGCUGGGCAGUCGCACGGAAGAGCAGCGUGCGGUCGAGUUUGCCAUUUUUCUACUUUAUGUGCUGGAAUGCGUGCCCUACACCGACGAUGAGUUGGCGGACAUGUUUCUUUUGUCCUCCACCCUAGACCCUGUAGAGUGUCUGCGCUACGUCUCUGAGGAUGGCGUGCGUCCCAAGCCGAUGAUUCUCCCUUUAGUACUCGCCUGUGACGGCAGGUUUUCGGAGGCGUUGCAGCGUUGUCAAGCGCUGCGUCUCGUACACGAGGCUGCCGUUGUGCUGCAAAUGAGCGGCGACGAGGCGCUGUACGUGCAGCACUUUCCCUGGAUGCUGAGUGCUGACAUCAGCUCUGCUCUGCUGGCGGUGCUGCGUCCGCAGCGGCGACCACCGUCGGCUGCAACGAUUCUUCCGAUGUUGCUUGGGUACGGCGGUUGCCCGCUGCACGACUAUUUGCACCUCCUUAUUUUUGUGGAGGGGAACACACAGAGGGAACUGCACACGCUCUACGCCACAAAUCUUAUUGAUAUCAUCCGCAGCCUGCAGUCGUUCGGUGUGGCGGGUUUGAAGGCGCCGGCCGUCAAGCUACGGGCAGGCGAGGAGUCUGGGGUUCGAGGGGCGGCACGUCGGGCGCUGCUGAAGUUCCUUCAACUCAGCCCUCACUACGAGGUGGAUGUGGUGCUUGCCAUGCUGCACGGUGCAGGCAUGGUCGAGGAAGAGGUACUGGCGAUGGAGCAGGCAGGCGAUCACAUUGGCGCGCUGACGAAGCUUGUGUACGAGCUAGCCGACGUCGCCGCCGCGGUGCGGUAUUGCGUGGAACAGCACUCCCGCGAGCUGCAACGUCUGAGUCGUGGCGCCUCACAAGGAGAAGUCAAGGACAGCGGGUGCAGUGACCCUGCGCUGCUACCCGCUCCUGCUGCGGAUUCACAGGAGACGUUUGUGGGAAGGGACGACUCCGUGUGGCUCGCAGGCAGCAGCAGCUACGCGGUGCAGGGAGGCCGCACCUUCAAUGAGCACUUCAACACUCUCUUGCACGUGCUUCUGGUUCCUCCAGCCGGUAAGGAGCGGAUGCUCUCGGAGGCGCUUUGGGUGCUCAAUGAGCACUCUCGCUGCAUCAAUCCACUGUCGGUUAUGACCUCACUACCGAGUGAGGUUUGCGUGGCGGAAAUAUCGUCCUAUCUUCUGCGGGCGUUUCAGACGCUCUGCAGCCAGGCUCAGCUGGCGGAGGUCAACGCCAACUCGGUGGCCUCCAUGCUCGCGGAUGCGCAGCGGCAACGUGCCCUGCUUGCCCAGCGGUGUGUUUACGUGGACGAGAAGCGGCCCUGUGCCGUCUGUGGCAAACCCCUCGGGGUGGGAGUGAUGGCGGUCUUUCCGAACUUGAAGGCGACACACUUCCGCUGCUUCCACGCCCAAGAGCUGGAUCCGGAGCGGGGCGUGCCCUUUCGACCGGGCCUGUGA